AGAAUUAUUUGACACAUGUGUUGAUCCAUGUUGGUCUCCAACAAAAUCCAACAGCUAUUUACAAUUAACAUUGUCGAAAUAAUAUAUUAAAUAAUGGAUGUUGAUAUUAAAAUUGAUCGAUCAAGUGUUGAAUGUUCAUGGGGAAGUCUCAAGGAUCAUCCAAAAUGUCCACAUGGACCAACAUUAUCAUUUGGAAAACGAAUUGAUGGUGAAUUGCGAGAAUUUUAUUCAUGUUCAGCAUGUCGUGAUCGUAAAUUAUGUAAUUUUUAUCUUGAAAAAGGUAAAGUUUUAUCGAAAAUUCAACAAUCAUUUUGGCAAGAACAAAUUAAAAAUUAUCUAAAUCCAUACAGUAGUCAUGUUAAAUUUUUCAUUAAAUUUAAUGAAUUAUUAUCAAUUAAAAAUGAUAAUCGUGGCUAUUGUUAUACAUGUGAAAGAUUAUUAAAUAUAAGCGAAAAAAAUAAACAUGAAAAUCAUGAAAUAAAAUGGUCAUUAACUGAUGAACAAAUGAAUAAUCCAACAAUGAUAUUAAAACCAUUAUCAAAUCCAAAAAAAGAAGCACAAUAUAUGUUUUCUAAAAAAUCAACAAUUGACAUUGUUAAUAUGAUUAUUGAAGCUGGUGGUAAACAUGUAUUGUGUAUUGGAGCACCAAGAAUAUAUGAGUACAUAAAUAAAAAUUACAAUGAUAAAAUAUCAAGUUUACUUUUGGAUUUUGAUCCAAGAUAUCACAAUUUUUUUGGACCAUUAAAUUUCUGUUGGUAUAAUCUUUUUAAUAAUCAUUUUUUCAAUGAAGAAUCAAAAGAUGUAUUUAAAGAUUAUUUAACACAAGAUGGUGGAAAAAAUAUAUUUCUCGUUUGUGAUCCACCAUUUGGUGGUCGUCUUGAAUAUAUUUCACAAACAAUUAAGACAAUAUCUGAUCUCCAUAAAAGCUGGAACAAACUUGAUGAUGAAACAUCGUUAAAAAUAUUUUUUAUAUUUCCAUAUUUCAUGGAACCAGCUAUGAAAAUGAAAGCAAAUCCUCCAGGUAUUGAUGGUGGUUUAAAAGAACUUAAAAUGGCUGAUUAUAAAGUUGACUAUGAUAAUCAUCCAUUGUUUAUAAAUAAUGAUAAAGGAAGAAAAUUUGGUUCACCAGUUAGAAUAUUUACAAAUUUACCAUUAAAUUUAAUCAAAUUAUCAGAACAAGAUGGUUAUAAAUAUUGUAAAAGAUGUGAUAAAUGGUCAUCACAAGAAAAUAAACAUUGUAAAAAAUGUAAAUCAUGCACAUCAAAAGAUGGAAGAAGAUACAGACAUUGUAAUAUAUGUAAUCGUUGUGUUAAACCAACUUGGAAACAUUGUAAAAAAUGUGAAAGAUGUCUAUUAGAAACUCAUACUUGUGGUGUUAAACCAAGAAUAACUGGUGAAUGUUUCAAAUGCAAAUCAACUGAUCAUAUUGAAAAAGAUUGUCCUGUUGGUAAACCAAGUAAAAAACGUAAAAAUAAUGACACAAUUGAAUCACCAAAAAUUAAAAAAAUUAAAAAAAAUACUAAUGAUGUUUCUGAUAAGCAAAAAAAAAAUAAAACUAAAAAAAUUGUCAACAUGAAAACUACUAUUGUUAAAAAAACAAAAAAAAAUAUUAAAAAAUUGUAAGUUUUUUCUGUUUUUUUUUAAAUAAAAAUAUAAAAAUUUUUAUAUU